CCGCCGCACGCAACCCAGCAGCCAGAGGGAUCAGAUCUAACGGGAGAGUGCAAGCAAAGCAAGUCAAUCGAAAUCUAACGGGAUCAGAUCGAAACCCUAGAUCCCUCGAUGGCCCGCUCGCCGCCGCCUCCUCCGUCGGCCGGCGGCGCUCAGUACGCGCAGCAGUUCCUCAACACGGCGCUCUCGCAGCGGGGCCCCUCCGCGCUGCCCUACGCCGAGGACGUCAAGUGGCUGAUCCGCAACCACCUGGUGGCGCUGGCCGAGGCCUUCCCCUCCCUCCACCCCAAGGCCGCCCUCUUCACCCACAACGACGGCCGCGCCGCCCACCUCCUCCAGGCCGACGGCACCAUCCCCAUCCACCACGCCGGCGCCUCCUACAAUCUCCCCGCCGUCAUCUGGCUGCCCGAGCCCUACCCGCGCUCCCCGCCGCUCGUCUUCCUCUCCCCCACCCGCGACAUGGUCAUCAAGCCCCACCACCCGCUCGUCGACCGCUCCGGCCUCGUCGCCAACGCGCCCUACCUCCGCUCCUGGGUCUUCCCCUCCUCCAACCUCGUCGACCUCGUCCGAUCCCUCUCCCACCUCUUCGGCCUCGACCCGCCCCUCUUCACCAGGAACCCUCCUCCUCCUGCCGCCGCUCCCACGCCCACCAAUCCCUCGCCACAGCCUCCGCCCCCGCGGGUCUCCCCCUCCCCCUCCCCCUCCUACAGGCUCGGCGCCUUCCCCGCAUCGCCCCAGCUCACCCCCCGCCCGCCCCCCACCGAGGACCCCGCCGAGGUCUUCAAGCGCAACGCCGUCGCCAAGCUCGUAGACAUGGCCUACGCGGAUGCCGCCGCCCUGCGGACCGCGCGCGAGGCCGAGGUUGACGCCCUCUUCGCCGCCCAGGCGGAGCUGCGCCACAGGGGUGACCUCGUCGCCCAAGGGGUGCGCAAGAUGGGGGAGGAGAAGGAGGCGCUUGAGCGCCGCCUGCAGGACGUCAUGAUGGCCACCGAUGUCGUGGAGGCCUGGGUCACGGAGAACACCAGGAGAGGCAACACCCAGGCCACGGAGGGCGCCAUCGAGCCAGCAGAUGUGCUCUCCAGGCAGAUGAUCGAGUGCACGGCCGCAGAUUUGGCGCUUGAGGAUACCAUCUACGCGCUUGACAAGGCCAUUCAGGAAGGAUCGGUGCCCUUUGAUGGCUACCUCAGGAGCGUGCGCGCACUGUCACGCGAGCAGUUUUUCCACCGCGCCUUGUCUGCCAAGGUUCACACUGCUCAACAGCAGGCACCACAGUACACAUCCUAGGGAUGAUGAGGCUUUCUUGGUCCUCAUGUGUUAAGUGCAGUGCAAUCAUGAUGGAAUUCAUGCAUUGGCUGAUUGAGAUUGCAUGGGUUCAUGGUUACCUUUGGAAGGUUGGAUUUUCAUUCCUUAGUUUCUAAUGGCGCCUAUGUGAAAGCAGGGAAUUGUUAAGUUGAUCAGUUCUAAGUUCGGGAUAAGGUUGCUAGCAUGACACCACAGGCAACGCAAUAUGCAAUGUUGGAAUGUUGAUAGUCCGUAUACAUGCUUGGUCUACAACCGAUCUGAUUUUGUUUGUCUUAAGUACCUAGCCUGUGUAAAGUUUGCACUGUUUAUUUUACUGCUUACCAGGAAGGGUAAGAUACAAUUUUUGCCUGUCAGCAUUACUUGACACUGAAUGGAUGGAUAAGAGCUUUAGUUCAAAUUGUGUCACAGGUGGUCAUGUAUGGUUUUGAGCUUGCGAAUUGCAAUGCAUAUUUCUUUUUUCCCCCCUAAUUUGCAGUUAUUUGAUUGCCUCAUAGUUGUACAUCCACAUGAAGGUCUUUUUGUGGGAAUUCUACCUAUUUGUAGAAAAUUUCAGAGGCCUGGCAGUUAGUUCCUCAUUUGUCAAUUGUCAUGUUGCAACCAUUCAUGGCAUUAGCUGAUUGCAAUAUAUGUUGAUUCAUCGUUACCUUUGAAAUCCUAUAGAUUCACAUUCCUCUGUGUGUAGUGGGAACAAUUGUCUAGUUAUCAAGGGUGGGUUUUGUUUUAACUUGAUCAGUUGCGAUUUCUGACAUGUUCAAGUUAUGAUAAUUGAAUGUGAAUCACCUUAUUAUCUCUGUCUGAUAUAUAGUUAUAUAGAAGCUGAUGUACCAUUUUGUCAGUAUCAAUUUCUAGAGUUGAGCUAGUAGCUUUUGUUCUGGAUAAUGGGUUCCUGAAAGCAAACGCUGUCAGCUCAUUUUCAAGUGGGUUAUGUUACUAAGUUGAUGUUAUUGCCUUGCCUGCAAUGUACCAUACUUGUAUGAUUUCCUGAUAGUGUUACAAAGUAUGCUUUCAGCUCAUAGUGUUGGUUUGGUAGCUGCCAAUGCAUUCAACUCGUUCACCUAUAGAAUUAUUAUGUAUCAGGCCUAAACAAUUUUUAUACAACCAAGAGCCUAUACUUGUU